AUGGGUGAUGACGAGGUUACCGACAAGCACGGCAAUGUUAUUCACCCCGGCGAUUAUGUUGGAACCAGAAUUCGCGGCGGAACACACGAAGGAUAUGUGAAAGAGAUAGUCACAAACCAGCAACGAGCUGAGGAGCUUGCUGUAAAGAAUCCGCCGAAAGUACGCUUCCAGAACAAGGAUGGUAAAAUGGUGGCCCACAAUCCAGGUACCUUAGAAAUCGACGACACCCAGUAA